AUGUCUGGAGUUACACCAGAAUCUACAACCGCAUCCUUAGCCGCAGGUGUCCCCAAAGAGUCAGACAAGGUUCCAGAAACUGAAACCGCCGCUCCCGCCGCUUCCACCAUCUCUUCUGCUGCUCCAGAAUCGACCACCGCCACUCUCGCGAAGGAUGCCACACUAGAGAGUAAAAAGGAUUCGACUCCCGGCGCUUUCCCAGUGACACCUGCUGGAGAAACAGAGCAGUUCACAGUCAAGCCAAUCCCGGCGACAGAAGGCGUUGGGAACCCAAUCCAACUCCAGCCAGGCGAACCAGUUCCUGACCCCAGCACCAUCACACAAAACACAGUGGCUUCCACUGCCACUACGGGUCAGGAAGGGUAUGAGAAAGAUGCUAGUACCGCGGGCUUCGCACCGCCAGCGGAAGAAACAGUUACCACCCUUCCCGUAAUAACCCAGUGCACUAAUGGGGUCGUGGAACCAUUCGUCCAAUCCGCUGCUCCCACAUCCACCACUGCCGCGCUCGCCGGUGCCGUCCCGCUCGAGAAAUCAACCCGCAAUGCAGGCGGGCCUAGCGAACCGCAAGUUGCCGCCAGCGACGUCCCCGACGUAGUCAAGGAGUCGUUAGAGAAGGCCCACAAGAUGCCCGAAGCCGCAGGUGUCCCUGCCGCUGUCGCGGAGAAGAAAGAGGUUGAGGAGGAGUUGCUUGGAAAUGUGGAACCCGCCGCUGGAGCUGCUGGAGCAGAUACCUCUGGUGGGGCCCCUGCAAUCGUUCGCAAGUCCAUCGAUGACGCGCAAUGGAACCCCGAAGCAGCGGCUGUGCCUCUAGCCGUGGCUGAGAAAAAGGAGGUUGAAGAGCAGCUGCUCCACGACGUGAAACGCGUUGAUCAGGCUGGUGAACCCGCACCCGUCAUCACGGCGGAGACCUCUGCUGCUGCACCCGGUACUUCCACCGCAGCGGCAGCAGCAGCUCCUGCCCCCGAGCCAGCACGGACAACCCAAGAUGAAUCCAUUUCGCCGAAAUCUCCAGCCGCCACCACUGCACAUACCGCCGGAUCCCCGACGACCGAGCAGACACAGCCAACCGUCACGACGGGCCCGGGGACGACUACCGCACCAGCAGAAGUUGCGGCCGCCUCUACAGCUGCCAAAAACACUUCUGGUACCGAGGCACCCCCGGCCACUGGAGCGGGAGCGGAAGCAGCGACCAAGCCCACGACAGCGCAGACGACGGAUCAGGAGAGCCAAACCAAGAAGAAAAAGAAGAACCGUGCCAGUGCGAUCUUCUCGAAGCUGAAGGAGAAGUUCAAGUGA